AUGUCAAAGCGCCUCAAUAAGCGCCAGAUGCGCGAGCUCGAGGAGCUCGAGGCACUAAAGGCUGUUGAGAAGAGUGCUACACCAGACCUCCCAGAAGACGAGAGUGACGAUGAUGACGCGCCGGCCGCGUUUAACCCGUUUGCCGCCUUGGAGGGAGGAGACGAGCCAGAGGCGGAGUCAGAAGAUGACGAGGACGCUCCUGCACCUGUAGCGAAGAAGAAAAACAAGAAGAAGAAGCCGAAGAAGAAGAAGAUUGCCGCCGCCGCGCUCUUGGACGAGACGGACUCGCCAUCGGCGUCGUCGACACCACGGGGAAAGAAGGGGAAGGGAACACCCAUACCGGACGACGAGGGAAUGGACGAGGUCGACCGUGCACUCGCCGAGCUCAAGCUCAAGUAUGGCGAGGACCCCACACCAACAGGUCCCGCACAGGAAGAUUCCGCGCCGCGGUCGGUCAUGGCGUUCCGCUCGCUCCUGUCCAUCGAACCAAAGAAUCUCGACGCGGAUGCCGAGUUACGGCGCUUCUUUGGUUCCAAGAUCAUCGCCGCUGCCACACCGACGGGUGGCAACAGACGGCACGCCGCCGCGCUCGCCAAGGUGCGGUACGUGCUUGCGAAGCCCAAGCCGACGUACCCACCACCAAUCUCAUUGGCGGGGCUCAACAUGCGCGAGCUGAGCGCCGAGGAGGUCGAGGACCUCUACGAUAGACGAGGAUGGCUGCAGGCGGACCCUGGGGAGAAGUGGUACUCGUUCGAGCACUCGCCUGCAUGGAGGGAAAUUGAGCGGCAGUUUCUCGGCGCAGUGCAAUCGCAUGACCCCAACGAGCUCAUGGCGCUCCUCCAGGUGUACCCUUGGCACGUCGACACGUUACUCCAGAUGAGCGAGGUUUACCGGCUACAGAACGACAUUGGUGCUGCGUCCGACUUCGCCGAGCGCGCGCUGUACGCACUCGACCGGUGUCUUGUGCCCGGGUUCAAUGUGCAGAGCGGGAGCUGUCGACUAGACUUUGACUUUGUGGAGAACCGGCCGAUGUUCACUGCUCUCCACCGCAUUAUCUCUUACCUCGGCCGCCGUGGGUGUUGGGUGACGGCCUUCAACUUUGCCAAGCUCCUGUUCUCGCUCGAUCCCGAGGGUGACCCCCACUGCGCGGCGCUGUGGCUUGACUUCCUUGCCGUCAAGGCGAACCAGGGCUCGUGGCUGCUUCAGAUGCUGGAGAUGCGCGAGACAUCGCGCGCUGCUGCGCUGUGGCACGGAUAUCCUGGUAUGGGAUGGGCGCGGGCGCUGGCACUGCGACAGGAGGAGGAUAGCCGGAAGGACAAGGAGCACAAGGAGAGCACUGCAGCGCUCGUGCAGGCGAUGAAGACGUUUCCCGAGGUGGUCGUGCUUCUUGCCGACAAGAUCGGCGCCAAUAUCCCGCAUGAGGCACGUUCCAAGCCCCUCCUCCAGGUCGAGGUUGGCUACACGGAUAGCCCGUCGACAUUGCUCCACCUCCUCGCACACAUCUACGUGGCGCGCUCCGAGGCACUGUGGAAGGAAUCAAAGGUGCUGUCUUGGUUCGAGAGGACGCUGGAGGCCACCCUACCCGAUAUCGACGACGGGGCGGCUCGCGCAGCGCGAGCCGAGGCGCACGCGAUCGCUCAGACACCACGUGACCUGGAUGCGGACGGCGAGCUCGCGAUCCCCCUCAACAUCUGCCGGCAUGUGCUAUGCUCGGAGAGCACGUCCUGGCUCGGCUACCUUCCGCCCGCGAUCUCGCGUCGGCCGUUCCACGCUUACGACCCACUACCGCCCAGCUCGGCCCAGACGGCCUACGACGCGGCGUACUUUGACCCCGUGGCGCGCCAGCUCGGCGCGCAGGUACGCCAGGCGCCGUACGGCGCAGCCAUGGACCGUUUCUUAGACGAGGUGCGGCAGCAUGCUCGCCGGGACCCCGCCGAGUGGGCGGAGCCUGUGCGCGACACGUUUACCCAGUUUGCAGGCCGCGCACCAGAGGACAUGGAUGCCGAGGACCGACAGGCCAUGGUCCGCGACCUGGUGCGGAUGUACGAGCAAGUUGUAGCGACGUUCCGCAACGGUGGCGGUGACGGCCUCUUCGGAUAUGCGCCAGGAAACGACGCGAUGCCGGGUGCGUUCCCCGGAUAG